AUGGCUACGAGUCCUGGAUUUAUAUCUGUAGAAUUAUGUUAUGCAGAUGGUGUGAGACAAGUUGACGAACGUACAUUUACACUUGACCAUGAAAAUUUGAUCAAAGACUAUACAAAACGGACUUGUGACCAUACAAAAAAAAAGAAAUCACUCAACUUAUUAAAGGGUAAGGUGAUUCUUCAAGAAAAACAGUUGAUUAAACUAGAAAAAAAGCUUCAGCAGUUGAUGCAUGAUCACCAGGAAGGUGAGAGUGAUACAAAUUAUGAAAGGAAGCUCUCCAAACUUAAAUCUAGUCUUGAAAAACAAUCUGGCAAACUUCAAAAACUUCAAAAAAAAAUGCAUAAACUUGAGCUUGAGAUUAAAGCUUUAGUUUUGGACCUGGAACUGCAAGCAAAAAAAAUCAUAUCAUUUUUUGUUAAAAAAUAUCCGAAUACUUUAUCAGUUAAUCUAAAACUAAUCUCUCAAUCAAAAACCACCACAAUAAAAAUCACCAACAAAGUAAGUACUACAAACAAACAACAGCCAAAAUCUCAGCAAGCCUCUACUAGUGGAACUCGAAGUUCACCACGACAUCGUGAAAGCUCAACGUCGUCAUUGAAUGAAAUGUCUACAGUUCAACCCACUCAAACAACCUCCAGUACACAGAAAGUUUCUUUCAAAACUAUGAGUGUGUUUUGA